AUGGCCUCCAUCUCCGCCGCCGCCAAGGCCUCCGCCGCCUCCUUCGCCCACAAGAAGGAGCUCGCCGCCGCGGCGCCGCACCAGCAUCAGCAGCAGCAGCGGGCGGGCGCGGCGCACCAGGGCCACCGGAGAGCUAGGGUCGGGGGGCGGGUCCGCGCGGUCGCGACCCCGGCCCGCGCGCCGCGGGCCCCGGCGUCCACGGGCUCGGUGAAGGCUCCCAUGACGACGACGGAGAAGAUCCUGGCGCGGGCGUCGGAGCGGGCCAGACUCGAGCCCGGGGAGAACGUGUGGGUCGACGUGGACGUGCUCAUGACGCACGACGUCUGCGGGCCCGGCACCAUCGGGAUCUUCAAGCAGGAGUUCGGGGACGACGCCAAGGUCUGGGACCGCGAGAAGGUCGUCAUCAUCCCCGACCACUACAUCUUCACCAGCGACGAGCGGGCCAACCGGAACGUCGACAUCCUCAGGGACUUCUGCACCGAGCAGGAGAUUAAGUACUUCUACGACAUCAGGGACCUGAGCGAUUUCAGAGCUAAUCCAGACUACAAAGGUGUUUGCCACAUUGCGCUUGCCCAAGAAGGCCACUGCCGACCAGGCGAGGUUCUCCUUGGUACUGAUUCUCACACGUGCAAUGCUGGAGCCUUUGGUCAAUUCGCGACUGGAAUCGGAAACACCGAUGCGGGUUUUGUCAUGGGAACUGGGAAGGCUCUUCUCAAGGUGCCUCCAACUAUCAGGUUCGUAUUAGAUGGAGAAAUGCCACCUUAUUUACUAGCGAAGGAUCUGAUCUUACAAAUUAUUGGUGAGAUAUCGGUAUCUGGUGCGACAUACAAGUCCAUGGAGUUUGUUGGAUCAACAGUAGAAAGUCUAACAAUGGAAGAACGAAUGACACUGUGCAACAUGGUUAUUGAAGCUGGUGGAAAGAAUGGUGUUGUGCCUGCUGAUAAAACUACAUUUAAAUACCUUGAGGGUAAGACAUCGGUCGAAUAUGAGCCUGUUUACAGUGAUGCCCAGGCCAGAUUUUUUAGUGACUACCGGUUUGAUGUAUCCAAAUUGGAGCCAGUAGUUGCCAAGCCACAUUCGCCUGACAACCGAGCUCUAGCAAGAGAAUGCAAAGAUGUCAAGAUUGACCGAGUUUAUAUUGGGUCUUGCACUGGUGGUAAGACUGAGGAUUUCCUUGCUGCUGCGAAGGUGUUCUUAGCUUCAGGCAAGAAGGUCAAAGUUCCCACUUUCCUCGUCCCUGCAACGCAAAAGGUGUGGAUGGACGUGUAUAGCCUGCCCGUACCAGGCUCUGGUGGCAAAACCUGCUCCCAGAUAUUUGAAGAGGCUGGUUGUGAUACACCAGCUAGCCCUAACUGUGGUGCUUGUUUGGGUGGUCCUCGCGAUACAUAUGCUCGCAUGAACGAACCUACGGUCUGUGUGUCGACGACGAACAGGAACUUCCCUGGCAGGAUGGGGCACAAGGAAGGGCAGAUCUACCUGGCUUCCCCCUACACCGCGGCCGCCUCGGCCUUGACCGGUUACGUCACGGACCCCAGGGACUUCCUGAUGUAGUGAUGCUGAGGCACUGGAUUGGAGCUCCUUACCGAGAGACGCUGCGACGCGGAUUGUUCUGUACCAGUACAGCACUGUUUUUCAUGCUCAAGAAUGUAGUUUAGUUGUGUUCAUUGUGUGUCCCGCUGAGAAAUAAGUUACUACACCUUCCCUAGUAGCAACUGUAACUGUCUGAGGUUAUGUUUUUUCGCAAACAUUAGCGAAAGUAUACUAUCAGGAAGAAACGGUACUGUUACAGCUGCCACACAAGUGGCAUUCUUCUUCCAGGACGAUAUGUUUCACUACCA